AUGGCAAAACUUGCAUCAGCGUCCAGCACGUCCUCAAAUGAUGCAGGGAGUUCUCCGAAGGACGCACAGACGUUCACGACGAGCAAAAGAGCGGGAGGCCAAAAAUGUGUCUUGCUUACCGAGUUAAUGCUUAAAGGAUCCACUAUAAAUUCGGACAAGUACUGCGAGACACUAACAAAACUCAAAAAAGCCAUCCCAAAUCGCCGGAGAAGAAGGCUGAGCAAGGGCGUGGCGGUGGAGUUCUUCGAAGCGGGUUUUCAGAAGUGGAAAACUCCUCAGAAAAAAUGCGUUGAAAGAUCUGGCGACUAUGCUGCCGAAAGUGGAAAUCUAGAAGAUUUUUCUCGACUCCACUUAUCUGAGCCUGGUCGUUUGGGGGUCAGAGAUGGCAGAGGUCGCGCAGCUGUUCAUCAGGCUGCUGCCCGAAAUCGCGUCAAUAUUCUUCAAUACAUCUACGCACAUGAUGGGGGUAAUUAUACUAAUGCUGCCGAAAGUGGAAAUCUAGAAGAUUUUUCUCGACUCCACUUAUCUGAGCCUGGUCGUCUGGGGGUCAGAGAUGGCAGAGGUCGCGCAGCCGUUCAUCAAGCUGCUGCCCGAAAUCGCGUCAAUAUUCUUCAAUACAUCUACGCACAUGAUGGGGAUAUGAAUGUUCAGGACCACGUGGGAAACACUCCUUUACAUCUCGCUGUCGAAAAUGAUGCUUUACAAGCUGCAGAUUAUUUGCUGUCAAUAGGAGUCGAUACAGGAAUCCUCAACGACAAGAACCAGGCUCCCGUACAUAUGGUGACCGAGUUGAAUAAAGUAGAAGCCCUCCGAGUCAUGGCUAAACACAAGACUAAAAUCGACAUUCAGAAAGGUGGAGAACACGGGCGAACCGCAUUGCACUUGGCAGCUAUUUAUGAUCAUGAAGAGUGCGCUAGAAUUUUGAUAACGCAGUUUGAUGCUUGUCCUAAGAAACCGUGUAACAAUGGUUACUAUCCUAUACACGAGGCCGCUAAAAAUGCAUCUUCCAAAACCAUGGAAGUUUUUUUUCAGUGGGGCGAAUCACGAGGUUGUUCCAGAGAAGAUCUAAUUACGUUGUAUGAUUCGGAAGGAAAUGUGCCAUUACAUUCCGCAGUCCACGGUGGAGACAUCAGAGCGGUGGAGCUUUGUUUGAAAUUUGGAGCCAAAAUUUCGAGACAACAACACGACCUGUCUACUCCUGUUCAUCUAGCUUGUGCGCAAGGAGCCAUAGAUAUCGUGAAACUAAUGUUUGCCAUGCAGCCUCAAGAAAAAUUUUCUAGUCUUCGAUCUUGUGACGUCCAAAAGAUGACCCCACUGCAUUGCGCGUCAAUGUUUGAUCAUCCAGAAAUUGUGCAUUAUUUAAUCAAGGAAGGAUCGGAUAUAAAUCCUUUGGACAAAGAAGGAAGAUCGCCUUUGCUUUUAGCUGCUUCUAGAGCCGGAUGGAAAACAGUUCAUACCCUCAUUAGACUUGGCGCAAAUAUUAAUUUAAAGGAUUCAAAUCAUCGUAAUAUUUUACAUCACGUUGUCAUGAAUGGGGGAAGCUUGCAAGAUUUUGCUGCAGAAGUCAAUAAGGUCCAGUCUCAAGAAAAACUAACGAACUUACUAAACGAAAAAGAUCAUUCGGGAUGUUCUCCUUUACACUACGCGAGCAGAGAAGGACAUAUAAGAUCAUUGGAGAAUUUGAUAAGUCUAGGGGCUUGUAUCAAUUUGAAAAAUAAUAAUAAUGAGAGCCCUUUGCAUUUUGCAGCCAGGUAUGGUAGAUAUAAUACUGUUCGUCAACUAUUGGAUUCGGAAAAAGGAACAUUUAUUAUCAACGAAAGUGAUGGCGAAGGUUUAACACCAUUGCAUAUUGCUUCGAAGCAGGGCCAUACUAGAGUUGUUCAUCUUUUAUUAAACAGAGGAGCUUUAUUACACAGGGACCACAACGGGCGGAAUCCAUUACACUUAGCGGCAAUGUCUGGUUAUACGCAAACAAUCGAAUUACUGCAUUCCGUACAUUCACAUUUGCUGGAUCAGGUUGAUAAAGAUGGCAAUACAGCACUGCAUUUGGCAACAAUGGACAAUAAACCUAAUGCUGUGUCUUUACUUUUGUCGAUGGGCUGCAAAUUGUUAUACAAUACUUUAGAUAUGAGUGCCAUAGAUUAUGCAAUUUACUACAAAUUCCCUGAAGCUGCUUUAGCAAUGGUUACACAUGAAGAACGUGGUGGCGAAGUAAUGGCCCUGAAGUCCGAUAAACAUCCAUGUGUAACAUUGGCGCUCAUUGCUUCCAUGCCGAGGGUUUUUGAAGCAGUUCAGGACAAAUGCAUAACAAAGGCAAAUUGCAAAAAGGACUCUAAAUCCUUUUAUGUGAAAUAUUCAUUUACCUGUUUGCAAUGUCCGACAAUGUAUGCUCAAAUGGACGAGAAAACAGGAGAUGCCCUUGCCAUAUCGGAACCAAUACCCCUUCCAGCCCUUAAUGCUAUGGUCGCCCAUGGUCGCGUGGAACUCUUAGCACAUCCGCUCAGCCAAAAGUAUCUGGAAAUGAAAUGGAACUCUUACGGAAAAUAUUUUCAUUUAAUAAAUCUUUUAUUCUAUAGUAUUUUUCUUAUGUUUGUUACUGUUUAUUCCUCGAAUCUCAAUCCUGAGAUAAAAGGCCGUACUUUAAAUUACUGGAACUGCACCGACUCGAGAAAUCAAAACUACACAGGGCCGCUUUUGAAAAUGUUCCAGAACAAAAUGAUUAGUCAAAACAGCACAAUUUCAAAACAAGGCUCAAGUUACGCCCCUAUCAUGUACACCAGUGCCGUAUUUAUCAUAAUUUAUAUAUCUGUCCAAUUUAUUAAGGAGGUAUGUCAGAUUUACCAGCAAAAAUGGCAGUAUCUGCUAGAGCCUUUCAACCUGGUCACAUGGGCCUUAUACAUCUCGUCCAUUAUCAUGGUUGUACCAAUGUUGAUCGGUGGAAAAGUGGAUAAUUUGCAAGUCUCCUCGGCCUCGAUUACGGUUUUUUUGAGUUGGUUCAAUCUGUUGCUGUAUCUGCAAAGAUUUGACCAGGCUGGAAUCUAUGUGGUAAUGUUUUUGGAGAUCCUGCAGACUCUUAUCAAAGUUCUUCUAGUGUUCUCGAUUUUGAUAAUCGCUUUCGGAUUGGCGUUCUAUAUUCUUCUAUCAGGAGGUGAGACACAUCUAUCCUUCAAGACCAUUCCGAUGUCUCUGAUGAGGACUUUCGCAAUGAUGUUGGGCGAGAUCGACUUCCUUGGAACCUACGUCAAUUCCUAUUAUGGAGAAUCAAAAAGAACCCUAGACUUUCCACUGCCGACUUUCUUGAUCCUAGCAAUUUUCAUGGUUUUGAUGCCGAUUCUGCUGAUGAAUCUGCUCAUUGGUUUGGCAGUCGGUGAUAUCGAGUCUGUGAGAAGAAAUGCUCAGUUGAAACGAUUGGCCAUGCAGGUCGUUUUACACACGGAAUUAGAAAGCAAAUUACCUCAGAUACUUCUAGAAAAACUCGAUAAGAUAGAGCUUAUAGAGUACCCUAAUGACACUAAAAGCAAGCUUGGAUUUUUGGAUUCCAUUUUGAGAAAAUGGUUCAGCAAUCCAUUUACGGAUGAAGGAUUAGAAAUGGUUUUGGAAAAUCACGAAGACUACGUUACGACAGAAUUAGAAAAGCAGAAGAGAAGACUGAAAGAGAUUACAACUACAUUAGAAGUUCAACAUCAACUCUUAAGACUGAUAGUUCAGGUAAAAAUGAUUAAAGAUGCUUGUUGA